AAAUGUCUGAGCUGGCGAUUUUAUCUUGACUUUUGCGGCGCAGUCACGAAGCGAACAGACAGCCACUGCAGAUGUUAAUAGGUGCGUGUAGUGUUUACGUCAAAAUGAUUUUCAAGGUGUUGGUCUCCAUUGCGUUGGUACUCGUCUCGAUUGAGGCUAGGCCACCUCCCACCAAUGGGAAAAGCUUGGAGCAGCUGAUCCGGGAAUUCAAGGACAUGGAGAAAAUAAGGCACGACGCAUUGCAGGUGGUAUUGAACAAGCCGGAGUACAAGGAGGACGAGAACAUGGUUAAAUACAUGGCAACUCUGACCGAACUGGACAGAGUUCUGGUGGACACGCGUAAAGCCAUCAAGGACGUCCCGUCGAUUCUCAACCCCGCUGAAAUUUCAACGGAUAUGGUUGAUUCCAAGGGGAUCCUCGAUACCCUGAGACGGCUGAGGUCCGAAUCUGAGAUUUUGAAGGUCAGACUCACUGAGGAGGGGAAAGCUGUCUCGGUGGACGUUCUUGGAGAUAACGAAGUUCAGAUGCUCAUGGCCUCUUUCGGGGUUAGCGGAAAGAAACUCGUGGAGAUCGGCUUGAAAAUGCUCAUGGAGAUUUUCACCGCACAGAGCUACAUGAGAGGCAUGAGCUACAACAACAGCCCCUCAGUAAGCACGAGCUACAAAAAUGGCCUGUCAGUUCCUGUUGCCAACAACGUCUACUGAAAGAUAACAGUGUUCUAACACGUGCUUCCCUCAUGUCAACUGGUCUUCAAUCAUUUGCGAGAGGUUUUUACUUCACAAGUUCGUUUCUGGAUUGAAUAAAAUAAAGUUCUUGUACCUUCUGAA